CUGUGGGAGAUAUGGCGCUGGGCAGACUUGGUAAAUGUUGUCGGUCGUUAUUAUAUGAGCCCUCUAAAGGAGUUUUUUACGGUGUUUUACAGCUAGGCUGGAUUGAAGGCUGCAUAGGAGCAAAAAGGCAUUUGUUGUCGGAAGAUGUUAUCAAGCUACAAGACUUCCAGCAAAGAAAGCUGGCAGUGGCUCACCAUGUCAAUGGAUCGGAAGGGAAUUAUAUUAACCUAUUCAGUCAGAAGCUGCAAAGGAAUGAGCUGAUAUUGCGGGAUGAUUUGAAACUUGUCCUUCACCUGUGCCAGUCAGCAGAUGACAUGCAAAUAGCCAGAGAUGCCAUCUAUAGGUAUCACACAGAAAACCAUAACUUGUUGUAUGGAGACUUCAAAUUUGGUCCUCUCUUCAUGAGACUGUGCUAUGAGUUGGGUCUGGAGAGCAUGGCUUUUGCUACAAUCACAGACAAGAGCAUGAAAGGAUUUUUCCACGACACCACCUCCUUUAAUAUAACCAUAGACAUGUUGUUCAUGAAAGGCUCCUUUGAAAAUGCUUUGGAGGUUCUAAGAACCAUGAGGAGCCAAGGCAUACCAUUCAACAAAGACACUCUCACGUUAGCAGCUGGUACCUGCUAUAAGCUGAAUACGGCAGAGACCUACCAGAUCUGCAUCACGCUCAUAGAAGAGGAACAGACCAGAGGGCAGUUCAUCCCGAGGCAUACUUACUGUUUCGCUGUAGCACUAGCACUUCGAAGAGGUGACCUAGAAAAGGCUCAGUCAUUAUUUUCACAAAUUAUGAGCACUGACAGCAGAUUAUGCCAAAAUUUUAAGGUCCUAAUACUAACAAUGUCUGGAGCGUUGGCAGAGGCUAUUUCUACCCUUUCUGCAGCCAUGUUGCCAAAAAGUCCAUCUUUUGUAAAAAAGCCAGAGUUUUCUCAGGAGGUGGUGGAUUUGCUGCGUUUGCGGAGUCAAGGCAGGCCACACAUAAUAAAAGUGGAGCAGGUAGUGACUCAGCUUGAAAGAGACGGUCAGGUGACUCAGCAGACGCUCGAUGACAUGCUGUGCCGCACGCCCACAGGGAAGAGGAAACCAGCGCCAAUAGGACUGGAGAGGAGAACUAGCCGGAGAACUCUAAAGCCUCUACAGUCCACUUUACUGUCAGAGUGAGGCUAGAGUUGGCCAUUUAAACACCCUCACACUUCCCAGAGUUGACUUUGAUGUUAUAAACGCACUCAUAUGAUAUUUAAGGGCCCUGAACAGCAGCCUAUUAAAACGUGCUUGUCCUCGCCAAUGCAGAUACAACAGCCCAUAGCAUUGCACCUAAAGAAGCAAAAUUGCCAAGAGGAAAGUUUAUUUUUCUACUACAUCAGCAUCAUUGACAGUCUAUGCCAUCUUCAAUAAAGAACACAUUUAACAUAAAAUAUUAAUGUGUUUAAAAUAAAUUCACAGUACCUGUGCAUACUCUUAAACUAAUGAAUUAUUAUGUGAAGGCACAAAGCAACACUGUUGUGAAAAGGUAGGUUGCCAUCUUUAAUGCUGAGUCAUUUGACAGUCUUGUGUCAUAUGCAUUAACUAUCGUUAGCUACCAAGAAAUCAGAAACGGGGACAGGUUUAUUUGUAAGGCUCGUUUGGAGGUCAUAAGUGGGUUUUUUGUUUGUUGGGGGAGAAGUGUGUUAUGUGUAUGAAUGAGUGAUCAAAGACAGAUUUAUUAAAAAUCUAAAGUUUU